AUGUCCGCCUCGACGAGUCUACGGCACACUACGCUAGACGAUCCCUUCGGGUUCGGUCAGAAGGUGUCGUCCGCCCUCGACGGACUGAAGGGAUUAGGGCCGUUGGGUAACGACAAAACCUCAACACGGGCCACUCAAGAAUCGACGACGGAAGUCCACUCGCCGGGCUCUCAGUCGUCGAGCACAACCACGCCCUCCCGUCCACCGCCGAGUUCAGUCGCCUCGCCGACAUCGCCGACACCGCUGACAUUCAGCGCCAGCAGUCUGCCCAGUGCCACCGAGUCGGAGACACCUAGCGCUUCCCCCGAGGCAUCGCCGGCUCUGGAGUCGAACACCUCUCUGGCGUCUACGACCGCCUUCGUGGACGUCACCGCGACCCUAACUCAAACGGCGUCGGUACGAACGACGGAGACGACGGAGGCGACUGCGCAAUCCGGGGGGAACGCUCACCUUCCGGUCACCGCUGGGCUGUUGGUCGCGGCGGGGCUUGCCUUCGUGACAGUCCUGGCCGGGAUGUACGCGCUCUGGAGAAGACGCAGACGACAAAUAGCCAGCGGGCGGAAGCGUGGGUUGAAGGCGUCCAAGGAGGGCGGCAGGACGGAGGAAACGGUCGAGGAGAACCGUAAGCGUUGCAUGUACUCCGCUACGGGAUCGAGUCACUCACUGUCGGAAUUGCCAGGGAACGAGCAGUCCUGGGUAGUCCUCGGAUCAUCGAUGUCGAGCAGGAGCAGUGCCAACCUAAUCCCUGUUCAUGAGAGCGCAACAGCAACCUCGCCGGCGACCUCGGCGAUGACGACGUAUCGUGAGAUCGACGGAGGGAGCGUACACGCCUCGGUUUACGUGCUGCAGCCGUUCGGCGAUGGCGGGCGUGUGGAGGAGCCUGGCCUGGUGCAGCUGGCAUCGGGGCAAUCUCCUCUGCCGCCCGCGUACGAGGACGUGCCGCGCCGGAAAGCAAGGAUAUUCUCGCCUGCACAGACUUGCGGCGUUUCCGGUUAUCAUUUGAUUCCAUCACGUCAGACCAACGCGGCUAGUGCCCAAGAGGCCUUGAGGGCUCCGGACGCUGUGGAAUCGUGGGAGGUGCUGCAACCCGACGUCAUCUCAAAGGGAGGGGAGUUGCAUGAGUACAUUUGUGGUCACCGCUGGAAGCAGGGUCCGUUGACGCCGUAUGUCGCCAAGCGCCCGGUCUUUGGUCGCUCCACGUGGAGGUCGGGCGCCUUCAGCAUCUAUGCUCUGCAGAUUCAGCUGGACAUCUCCCGCGGGACACCUGGUGGCGAUCAUCAACAGUCCCUUCCGUUCCUCAACGUGCGACUUGAUCGAGCCGUCAGUGCUGCAAGGCCGACCUCCACUCCCAAAGCAAUCCCUGACGCGACUAUGGUCCCUACUACAAGUGUCUUGGCUACCUCUCUCCUUUCCACUGGCAGCAGCGCCGCCGCCGCGUCAACCACCGCCGGCUCUGUGGUUGACUCUGGCCAGUCCACUAGCACCACCUGGUUCCCGGACAGCUCUUCGGUGAGCACGGAGACUUCUGCUGUCAUCACGCCGAAAUCCACUUCCGAAUUCAAUGAGGAGCAAGCCGGGCCCUCCAUGACCACUGUCCUCUCGGUUCCUGCAAUCUCCGACAGCCAGAUGUCCUCAACGCGUUGCUACAACGAGCCAGGUAUGUCACCUCUCAUGGUGUAG